GUGGGUUGGCGAUGGUCGGUCGGUGGCUCUGCGUCUGCACGUUUCUGCUGUGGCUGUGGCUGGCUAGUUACCACUGUCAAGUGUGUCGUGGUCUGCUGUUCGAGAUCAGGUGAUCGCGUGCGAGCCUUGAUGACACGUCUAACGGUUAUCUCUCCGCAGACAUGCUGACGCGUAUGUCUCUGCUUCUGGGAAUCUCUAUCUGGCACAUCCUGAAUGCGUCUGAACUCGUGGACCAAAUCAACCUACUGCACAGAUACAACUGCCGUGACUGUACAACGGCUCACGUGGUUCAACGAACCCGGAAGCCGUCUGCUCUGCAUCGGAUGAUGGGACGUUUCACGCGCGAUGCUCUUUUGCUGCGCAUGCAUGAUUCCCGUUUCGGCACCGGUGAACUCGAUUUGAGCGCGGUGCAUCAAUUGGCCUGCUGCACGUUGAAGUGUCAAUCUGCAGCGCCCACAGACCGUACUCGAGUAUGCAGUCCAGAGGGGUGCGAAAGGAAGAGCGGUAUGGCACACCGCAAUAUGCGUUCUCGCGGUUGAAACGGGGUGUUGUAAGAUGCAGGCGAUCGGUUGUGCACAAAUAGAUCUGACUGGGCGGG